UUAGUGAGAGAAGUGGCCGUAGUGGAAAAACGCAGCAGCAGCUCGCCGCUUUCUCUCGCCUUAUUACCCCUCAGCAACCGGCACCCUGAGCUUAAAUGACAAAGGGAGAAGAACUAGAAGACCUCGUCGUGUCGGGUGAUGGAAUAGGUGAUGUCUGAAGUACAGGGCACUGUGGAGUUUUCUGUGGAGCUGCAUAAAUUUCACAAUGUGGAUCUCUUCCAGAGAGGGUUCUAUCAGGUGAGGGCGGGGCUGAAAGUGUCUCCACGAGUGCCGCACAGGCUGAUUGUCACAACACCUGGAUACACAGGCGAGUGCAGUUUCAGCAGUGCAGGAGUUCAUGAUGGGCUGGUGUUCAGUCGGAUAUUUCAGAUCCUCUACAGGAAUGAGGAGAUCACGCUGGAGGAUCGCAUGAGCUUCAGAGUCCAUCUCUUGCUGGACGGAGACAGGGUGGAGGAGGCGCUGAGUGAAGUGGACUUCCAGCUCAGACUCGACCUGCACUUCACGGAUGUGGAACAACAGUUGGCUGAUAUCUCCUCAGUGCCUGUCAUCAGCAGUCGGACGCUGGGUCUUCAUUUCCACCCUCAGAACGGCCUGCACCAUCACCUUCCUGUCAUGUUUGACUACUUCCACCUGUCCGUCAUCUCCAUCACUGUCCACGCCUCCUUAGUAGCCCUACACCAACCGCUCAUCAGUUUUGCACGCAGUGGUAAAGGGGCGUGGCUGGGGAAGGGCUCUCCGGAGAGCGAGGCUGCGUCCUCUGUGAUGUCUGUGGAGAACCUGAUGUUCGGGGCUGGAUACUGCAGACCUGUUCUAACUGAGGGAAGUUUUUACGUGCCUUCAGAGAACUGCCUGCAGAGAGCUCAUACGUGGCACCGCUCUCUCUGUCGCCUCCUGCUGGCCGCCUACAAAGGACUGCACUGCUAUUACACAGCCCUGAUGAACGACGUCCCUCAGCUGCAGCGUGUGGAGAUAGAGGACUUGCUGAUUGAGGAGACCCUGAACAAGCUGACCAUCGAGCUGCAGUUACAGAGUGGUCAUGAGAAGGUGGCUGAGCAGAUAACGAGAGAUCUCUCUCAGCUCUGUGCGAAGCUGGUGUCUCUUUGGGCUCAGUUUUUGGAGGCUGCCGUCCCGAAUCCGCAAAUCCGCACCCACCUGGCCCAAGAACACCACACACUCAGGGUCAGGAGAUUUUCAGAGGGCUACUUCUUCACUGAGCACCCCAAAGAAUCUUCACUCACCUUUCAAGAGGACCUUAUCAGUAAGCAUGCUCAGGUGGCGGUGGAAUUACGGAGUUCAGACUACAUGAGCCGAAUGCCCCCUUUGCCCAUUGAGUGCCUGGACAUUGACGGUGACUGGAGCAGCCUGCCAAUCAUCUUUGAGGACAGAUAUGUGGACAUGCCCUGUUUAGAUUAUACGUCACAUGUGCCAACCCAGCCUAUCUCAAACACUCAGCAGUCUGCUGAUUCUGAUGAGAUGGUGGACCAUACCACCACACCAGCAGAGGGAAGUCCAUAUUCUCACUCACCAGCAAUAACCCCUGAGGACCCUUCCUGUGAGGACUACAUGGACCUGCCCACCUACAUGGCUCUGAUUGGACAGGAGAAAGACUUUGUCAUCAAGGAGGUGAACGUGGCUGAAUCUGAAAAUCUAACUGGCUGCAUUGAUGGGACGGUGCAUAUAGACAGAACUGAAACUGACUUAGAAUCCAUAGUCAAAAUAAGGACUGAAAGUAGAGAGGAGCCAAGUGGCCAUCAAAAUAGUGUGGAAAGUGCUGAAUCUGUCUCAGAAUCAGACAUAUUAGAUUCCAGAGAAAAAAUAAAUUCUCAACAGGUUGAAAAUUUCAAUACAACCGCUCUGGAAAUGUGCACUGACCGUACAGAUGUUACAGAUGUUACAGAAUCAUUUCAGGCAGACAGCAGCUUGCUAAUGUCGGGGCAUCUCUCCAGCAGUGGUCUGAGGUACAUUGAUGUCAAACCCAGUGAUUCGGACCCAUACAGGGGAGACAAAGUGCUGCUUGUCCAGUCAAACAUUACAGAAGUUACUGGCCACAUCAACCCUGAUGGUCCCGAGCUUUCUCUUCAUAACCACCAGGAUAACAACCUCAAAUCCAGCUUGGAGAGGCAUGGUGAUGAGGGCGCAGAUGAGACGUCCACAGAGGCACUGUCUUUAACGCAAGCAAAGGACGAUGGUAUAGGGGAUACAAUGUUGUCAAACUCUGUUUCACACACCCCUACAACUGACCGACCAAUAACACCACCAUCUAACACACACAGUGUCCUGCAGCCUGAGACUCCACCUAGAGGUGGGUUUCUAGGCAGGUCCAAUAAGGUAAUAAAGCGUUCCUCUUCCGUGAUCUCUGACUCAGGCAUUGAGAGCGAGCCCAGCUCAGUGGCCUGCUGGCCCCUGGACAGCCGCAGCGGGAUCAUAGGAGGGCGCGACUCCCUCCAGCAGCCACACCUGAGCCGUCGUCGGGCAGCUCACCGCAGCUCCCUGGAGGGGCUUCAGACUGAGAGCCACGGCAGCCUCCCCAGUGCAACGCAAGCCUCGUUGACCUCCAUCAGCUCCCUGCCAUACGAAGAUGAGGAAGAGGAGCGGCAGAGGCAGCUGAACACCCUCACCAAGUCUGCCUCUGCUCCGCAAAUCAACAGCCCUGAUGACAACGAGGAUGACCAGGAACCGGCCACUCAGCAGAGGCGAAACACUGAGGAGACUGGCCAAAGCAAGGCCGUCCUUGAGACCAGUCAGAUGAGAAGGAAUCUAGAAGACGACAGUGAGGAAGUGCCUAGUCAGAAAGUAUUCGAGAAGAUGUCAUCCAAUCAGGAAAUGGCUGCAGAUACCAAAGCUGAUGCUGGGCUGAUAAGUGCUGUGCACAAAGUAUUGCUUUUCCAGCAGUUUGUAACAGAAACAUCUAAUGACGCUCUGGCAGACCAGCAUGAUGAUACAGAAGAAAGCACCAACGUUCUACAUGUGGAAGACCCAAGUCUGCUUGAUGAUGACACUGGGAUAUGUGCCUGUGAAACUGAACGCUGCGAACACAAGGGGUCACCAGAGUCAGUUAUUGACCCUGAUAACCACGACGACAUUAGUUUCCAUCACAUCCAUCUGGAUGAACUUGAGGAUGGCAAAGAUCUGGGGAACCUUACAGACUCAACUACAACCAAUGAAAACCAAAGUAGUCAUAAUGUUGCCAGCCUCACUAUCAAUGAGAAAGAGAGGCCCACUGACCUGACAGAUCUCCCUGCCAAUGGGAGAGAGCAAAAGGGGUUGGAGGGCCAGACAAGAGCCAAUAAGGUGCCGAGUUCAGGCUUGGCAUUCAUGAAUAAGAAGGUUGUGGAGGUGGUGAACCUGUCCGUGUCAUGUGCUCCAACCUGCCUGCCCUUUUCUUCCGUCCUCCGUGACUCGCCAUCCGUCAGUGGACUCUCGGCCCGUCAGGCUACCUCCCCCAUUACCCAUCAGCCACUAGGCUCCUUUGGAAUCAUCUCCUCCUCCUCCUCUUCUCUGUGUGCUGAACAGGAGAUCAGUGAAAGGAUGCUGAAUUUUUAUAAGGCUAAAGAGGCUUUUCUGAGGAAGUUAGCAUUCAGAGCCACUCUUUACAGUGAUCUUCCUCUGCUGGCAUCUGAUCAUCCAUACUUCCCCCCAGAGGAGGAGGAUGAGGAGUUUGAGGAUGGAAUCCACCUAGUAGUGUGUGUUCAUGGUUUGGAUGGGAACAGUGCGGACCUGCGUUUAGUGAAGACCUUCGUAGAGCUCGGCCUGACAGGGUCCAGACUAGACUUCCUCAUGUCUGAACGCAACCAGACCGACACAUUUGCAGAUUUUGACACCAUGACUGACCGCCUGCUUGAUGAGAUCAUUCAGCACAUUCAGCUCUACAACCUCACUGUGGGCAGAAUCAGUUUCAUUGGUCAUUCUCUGGGCAACGUCAUCAUUCGCUCAGUGCUGACAAGACCACGAUUCCGCUGCUACCUCAGCAAGCUACACACCUUUCUCUCUCUAUCUGGACCUCACCUCGGCACGCUGUUCAACAGCAGCACGCUGGUCAGCACAGGAUUGUGGUUGAUGCAAAAGCUAAAGAAGUCAGGCUCCCUGCUGCAGCUAACCUUCAGAGACCACCCAGACCCCCGCCAGACCUUUCUCUACACGCUAAGCCAGAAACCAGGGCUGCAGUUUUUUCGAAAUGUGGUUUUGGUGGCCUCUCCUCAGGACCGCUACGUCCCCUUCCACUCAGCCAGGAUAGAAAUGUGCAGGACAGCUCUCAGAGACAGAACCACAGGUCCAGUGUACACAGAGAUGAUAAACAACUUGUUGCAGCCGCUGCUGGAUGCGCCAAACUGCCGGCUGAUCCGUCAGAAUGUGUUCCACGCUUUACCCAACACGGCCAACACGCUGAUCGGCCGAGCGGCUCACAUCGCCGUGCUGGACUCCGAGCUUUUCCUCGAGAAGUUCCUGCUCGUUACCGGCCUUAACUACUUCAAAUAGCGGCUUUAACGAGCCAGUCAGAAAGCUCAGCGGGUUUCAACCAGCCAAUCACAUCACACGGCUGUGUCAAGGGGUCUUUCAGAUUAAACGCGACAGGUCACAUCAGACCAAUCAGAACCAGCGGUCAUCUUGUUUAUCAAACCAAUCAGAUUAAUCUUAACAGAUUACAUCAGGGCUCCUGUAGUUUAAAUGGCCAAUCAGAGCUAGUGGCAGUCAGAAAGUGGGGCGGUAUACGUAUAUAAAUGUUGUACAGUAUGUAAAGUAAUUAUAUAGUGAGAAGUAUAUAAUAUUCAGAGGCUCAAGCCUUAAAUCAGAAGAUAUUAACACAGCUUUGAGAAUUAGCUCAGUCCUCUGUUCCAGCCGAGUGUCGUCCGUGUCCCAUUCGAAUGUACGUGUCGUAUGUACUGUAACAGAUAGACGUGUCCAACCUUCCGAAAUGUAUUUAAGAUCAAAAGCAUUUGCUCAUUGCUGUUCAUGACUUGAAGUGGUCGAAAUCACUGGACUCUUAAUACUUGAAGAAAAAAAAAUAGCAGAGUUUCUGGCAGGUUUGCGUUUGUUAUGGUAAAUUCAUGCCACUCAGAGAGAUGCUUUAAGACGUUCCUCCAUGUGAAGAAACAACUAUUUUCAUAUCUAUUUUUUUUUUAACUGUGGCAUUUGUGUUUUGUUUCAUUUUCGUUUCAGCGUCUAUGUAGUGAGUCGGAAACCUCAUCGUGAAACAAGCCAAAUCUCCAGUGUUAUUCGUACAGUAGUGCGACGUGUUCUGUAAACAUCCUCAUACCCAUCGCCAGUUUCUGGUGUAUAGAGAAAUCCGAGAUUUUUGUCAGAAAGUGUUGACAAUAUAUUGCCUUAAAUGAUCAAAAAGGCUUGUAUUUAUCAGCGUUGUCUUCUAUUAUUGUUACCUUGUCCUAUCUUACACUUACUUUGUUUGUAAUGUCUUCGGUUCAUCACCCCUUGCAGCUCCUGAGGCCGAGUCUGGCUGUUCGAACUCUUACUGUCAUUAUUUUUUCCCUCCACACUCUUAAAAAAAUGCCACAAAAAAGUUCUUUGAGCAAUGCCAUAGAACCAUUUUAGUCCUCUAAAUAAACAUGGACAACAUGUUCCUUUAAGGAACACAGGGACUUAUUCGCAUGGACCCUAUUCAUGCUCUUGUGAGCCACAGUAUACAUAUACAAAGCAUCCUCUUUCAAUGGGAACUGGGCAGCCCUCAUCUUGGGUAGGUCAGCAGGCCCUUCACCAGUCACAGCGCUGAUGUGGGAUAUCCUGCCCAUACAGCUUUAACAAAACUUGCUCUGCAGUCUUGGUUCAUAGAAACUGGCACUGGGAAUGUUGGAGUGAUGGAUGUCAAUCACAUGUGCUCACCAAUGGUGAGCACCAAUGGUGUUUCAUCAUAUUUCUAUCUUUUAUUUUUUCUAAGUUUGGUGGAUGUUCAAUAUAACUUCAUUUUAACAUCAUACACACAUCUUUACCACUUCAUCCUGCGUUCCCUGAGCCCUUAAGGUCUCGUUCAUUGCUCAGUAAAGCCGUUUAGUUGUAUUAAUGAGCCAUAAACACUUUGUUAAGACUAUUAUACAAAUUUUUAAGCACAAAUGAGUUACCUAACGUCAUAUCUUACUAGCAUAUCGGGCGGCACAGUGGCGAAGUGGGUAGCGCAAGAAGGGCCUCCUAAAAAAGUGGCCCUGAACACCACUUUCUCUCAUUUUUAGCAGGCCUGUCUAACGGAACCAACUGCCUAUUGUUCACUUAUGCAAACCAUUAAAACACAGUCAUCCGCUUGAAUAAUAAACUAAGCUGUUAAAGUGGGAAAAUUAAAUAAUAACAAAUAAAUAAAUAAUAAAUUAAGCUCGUUUGUUUUUUAACCAAUAUUAUUUGUCCCUACUGACUAAUGCAAUAUGCUUCUGACCUUUUACUUCAUAUCCAACUGCAAGCAUACAUGCAUGUGAGAUCCUGCUGGUGUGGGGCCUUGCCGGUUUCCUCCCUCUCAGUGACGCGACUUUUUAUAGACAGAAUUCAGCCACUUUGAAAAAUUGUCCCUUUUAAGCCUCUUAAGAAUCACUUUUGUAGAACUUAUAGGAAUAAAGUGGUCCUAAUUAUAUUCUAAUAUGAAUUUAUAUCGUUAUUUGUGCUCACUAAUUUGAAAAACAGUAUCUUAACAAACCAUUAAUGUACUAUUGUGCCAUACUUAAGAGACCUUAAUGCACAGCGAAUAAACCAUUAAGAAAUGUUUAAUUUGGCUUUAUUGAAGAAAGGACGUUUAAUAAAAGCAAUAUGUCUUCUUUUAAUAAAUGCUACCAAUCAAGUUUGUAAAUGAGCUGAAUGUGUGAAGAUCCCUUAGGUAUAAAGAACCUUCACGUAAAAUAAAAGCUCCUUGCCCAUUUAAAUUCAGCUUAGAACCGUUAUGUUCCGUGGAGGUUCUUUGAACAUUAUACAAAUUCUUCACACUCACACACCAAAGAUGGUUCUCUAAGGUUCCACCUAUUGAAAAGUCUUUAGGGAACUAAAAUGGUUCUUCUAUGACCUCACGCAAGCAACCCUUUCUGAAACCUUUAUUUUAGGAUCUACGUACCGUAUCAUUUCUGAUUUUAUUCAUUUUAUUCUGGUGUGUGUUGUUUUGUAUGAAAAUCCAUCAUUAAUUAGCAAAAUGUGUUGGAACACAAAGCCUUGUGGGUACUCUAGUCCUUUCUUACCACAGUUGUUUACAUUGUCAUGACAUAAUGGUGCAGCGAAUGAUUUUGUAGAGUAAGAUAUAGAUGAUGCACCCUAUCCUUCUCAAUCUGAAGCAUUUCCUCACAUUUUUAUGUAGAAUUUUGUUCAUUUAUUUUCAACAUGGCUAAUCACUUAACAAGUCUAAUUUACUGAAGUUCAACAACUUACUGCUAACUAGCCAUGUAGCCAAAUAACAGAACCUCCCUGGGUAAAAAAAACAGUGUGACUCCCAAAGCAACCUUUUUUUUUGUUUUGGUUUUGCUUUCUAUCUCCGUGAUCUAGCUGAACUACGGUUACUCUGAUCAGCUGAACGUUUCCUAUAUUAGUAAACGUGUUGUCAUAUUGCGAUGGAGCCUGUGUUCGUGCACUUUUGUAGGGCGUUUACCAAGGAUGCAAAUUUAGCCAAAAGCUUUAAAUGGAUCGUCAUUAGCCAUUACAUUAGCCAGAAAUCAAGGAUCCCAUCAAAAUAUCAACCCUCAAACAGAAAUGUCCAGGUCUAAAAGCUGAUGGCUGUGUUACAUUCAAAGCCACUGUAAAAUAACUGAUGUACACACAUUUAUGAGCACAUACACCAGCUGGAUUCUGUAUUAAUGCACUUUUUAAAGAUAUUAAAAAGUGUCCUUGUAUAAAUGCGGAAUCUAGCACUGAUUGGCCAGCAUGCCAGUAAAUGUCCGGAACGUUAUUAAAUGUCCCCUACGUAAAAACCUGUGUUUUUUAGCAGGUAACACUUUAUUUGAACAGACUACUUUAGAUGCUUUGUAGAUACUUUCUUUCACGUUCCAUUCAACUAAAUAUCCACUAAAUUGACCAUAAUUGUCUUUAACUCCAAACCUCUAAUCCUAACAUUAGCCCAAUCUUCACCCUGGUUCCAGCCCUCAUCCCGAUCCAAAUCCUAACCCAACCACUGUUUAGAAUCAACUGAGUUUCAAUAGAUUUGUCAACAAUUUGAACACCUGAUAAUCUAUAGAGGAUUAUAGUGGACUUUCCGCAUGAAGUGAGAUCCUACAAAUGGCCAAAAUGACUGGACAAUGAUGGAUUAUUGAAAGCAGUGAAAAUAACUGGAUUCUAAAGUUCAAAACACUGUGACCAUGGCUAGCUCAGUGUACCUCAGUAGCUCUUGAAAGCCAUUACCAUCCACAGCAUGCUCUUCGUCCUCCUCAAAAGUGGUCCUGAACACCAUUUUCUUUCAUUUCUAGUGGGCCUGUCUAACAGAACCAACUGCCUAUUGUGCACUUAUGCAUACAAUUAAAAAACAGUCAUCAGCUUGAAUAAUAAAGUCGCCUAUUACAUUUUUAUUGAAAAUUAAAAAACAACAAUAAUAAUAAUAAAUACAUUGUUUUUUUUAACCAAUAUUAUUUGUCCCUACUGACUAAUGCAAUAUGCUUCUGACCUUUUACUUCAUAUCCAACUGCAAGCAUGUGAGAUCCUGCGGGUGUGGAGUCGUGCCAGUUUCCUUCCUCUUAAUGAUGUGACUUUUUAUAGACAGAAUUCAGCAACUUAGGAAAAUGAUCAAUGGCAUAUGCAACAGAUGUAGCAUGUUGUAGCUGUCCAAAAAUACAUUUAUCUCCAUUUUUGUCUGUUUUUAUUUUUCUGCACAACACAGUGUUUGACAUUUGAAACACCAUUUGAACACUUUGGCGGCUGUCCUUUGUCUUGGGUGAACAUUUAAUGUUAAAUGGACCCGUAGAAAUGCUCCAAAUUCACCUGCAAUUAAACCUCUUUGCAUUCAACUUGAAUUAUUUUUGCUCUUUUUGAAGAGACAUGUUUGUCUUCAUAGGCUUUAGAGACUAGAGCUGGAGUAUCACUUUGAGUUAGUACAAUAACUAAGCACUUUAGGGUCGCACUGAAAAAGUAAUACAAUGAAUUUACAUGGAUUCGAAUAUGUAAAUCAACAAUCUAAAAUAUCUUACAGCAACACCUUCAUUGCCAAAAGCAAGUAAACAGAAAUGUAUUGAUGUUAUAUCAUUUAUUCUCAUGUGCUUAAUUUUUUCCAGAGUGUGCUUACAAAUGGGCUCAUCCUUCCCUCUCUUCUCCGUCCUUGUCCAUCUUGGCCGUUUUGUCCCGCUGAUCCUCUUUGUGCUUUUGUGUUUGCACUGACUGACACUGAUUGGCCAGUAAACAUGCUGCCAGAGCGAUUGAUGCUAGUUAAUCUCGCUGAAGAGCAACAGAGGUUACAUGGUGGCAACUGAAGAAGAUGCUGGACACAACACUGAUUUCCAGUAUGUAUUACUGCAGCUUGGCCUGCAUAGUGCGUGGUGUCCUCGCACUCCCGUAGUGGUUGCUGGCAGGACGUGAUGGUCAUGUUUACCCACACAGCGCAAGCAUAACAAUGAAGGAAGAGGGUCGAUCUUUACCCUUAGCAUUCACCAAGGACGUGUUCGCUGUCUGUGUGUUGAGAGUAUAGUGCUGCCAAAGUGGGGGGAUGGAGGGCAUCUACAAAAAUGAAUUUUCAUGGCAUUUUAUUGCAUCGUGGCUUCGUUUUUGUACGUGAUGUUCUGUUUCCAGCUAGAAACACGAUAAGAGAACCUGCAUAUUACAAGAAGCCUAGUCUGUACUGAAUGUGUAGAAGCAGCUCUACAGACCACCCCAAUAAAAGUUUUAUACAUGUGACCCAUAGGCCAGAAGGUGGAAUAAGAGGAAGGAUGAAACUGUGUGUGUUUAUUUAUGUUCUGUUCUCAUCAGUGUUUUGAGUUGAUUGUUUUGAGCACUUGGACUGUGUUGGGUUUUUUAAUUUAUUUAAAUUGAUUUAAGUUGUUGGAUUGUAUUGAGUUGUUCAGUUGGUUUGGGUUGGACUGUUUGGGGUUGUUGGAUUCUUUUGAAAUUGUUGAAUUGGUUUGGGUUGGAUUGUUGAGUGUUGGACUGUUUGGGGUUGUUGGAGUGCUCUGAUUUGUUGAAUUGGUUUGGGUUGGAUUGUUGAGUGUUGGACUGUUUGGGGUUGUUGGAGUGCUCUGAAUUGUUGAAUUGGUUUGGGUUGGAUUGUUGAGUGUUGGACUGUUUGGGGUUGUUGGAGUGCUCUGAUUUGUUGAAUUGGUUUGGGUUGGAUUGUUGAGUGUUGGACUGUUUGGGGUUGUUGGAGUGCUCUGAAUUGUUGAAUUGGUUUGGGUUGAUUAUUUUGAGUUGUUGGAUUGUUUUGAGUUGAUUUGAGUCAUAUUUGUUUGAAUUGCUUUGAGCUGAUUGAGUUGGACAGUUCUGAGUUGAUUCUUUAGGAAUGGAUUGUUUCAACGUUGUUGGAUUGUUUUGAGUUGAUUAUGUAGAAAUGGAUUGCGGUUGGAUUGAACUAUCUGAGUUGUUUUAUCGUUGAAGUUAACUCUUGAGUUGUUGGAUUGUUUUGAGUUUGAAUAUUUUGAGUCAUUGUUUUGGGUUGUUUGAAAGUUUGGAGUCAUUUGAUUGUUUGGAUUGGUUGGAAUAGUUUGAGCUGAUUGUUUUGAGUUUGGUGGACUUGGAUUGAGUUGGUGAGUUUUUUUAAGUUAUUAAAACCAUUGUGGCUGUUUUGAAUGGAUUCUUUUGAGUUGCUGGACUGUCUUGAUUUGUGUAUUUUAAGGUGUUUAAGUUGUUGGUUCAUUUUGAGCCGUUCGAUUGUUUGGAGUUGAUCGUUUCGUGUUGAUUAUUCUGGGAUGUUGGACUGUUUUGCACAUACAUCCAGCUCCAUCCAAAGCUCCUUCACAUCAGUUCAAAUCUCCUCCUGGAUAUACAUAAAGUGCAUGACUAACUCAUUUUAUCAUUUGAACACGCUGUCCAUCAAAGGUUUGAGACAGCCAGCUUUUCAAAAUAUAUAUAAACAAAAAUCAUGCAAAGCAGGCAUUCUUGGUUGGUUUAAAAUAGUAUAGCACACUAAAGCAGGUUUAUUUAAAGGAAAACAAGACCACAUUUGUAAAUAUUAGUGGCAGUAUUAGUAUCAUUUUAUCCCCUGGUUAUGAAGUCGGCGCUCAAACCUUCCAGCUGUUUAAACCAGGAGGAUUUUAACAUGUACAGGUGUUUUCUCACUGAAUUAACACAGAAAAUCAAGCAUUACAGUUUACAGAAGCCGGACCAUCUCCAAACCCGUGAUGGACAGUGUACAGCUGUGUUGUGUGUGUGUUCGUUCUCCGAGAGGCAGCUACAUUUCCUGUUAAUGCACUGCUGAUAAUGUGAGUUCAACCGUCCUUUAUUUUGCUGGUCCUCUUCCUGAGUUUUAGACGGUUCAGUCAUGAAUGUAGAGAAACGACUAAACGAUGUAUUCACUGUGAGAAUAUGUCCCAUCUAUCUGAUCUACUGUGCAUAGAGAUGUUAUUUACCAGAUCAUCCGUGCCAACGAUAUUCUGAUAUUUUUCUAUGUUUGCUUAAUGUGUUCCUUGUAGCUUUCGCCCAAAUGUAUAAACUAUAAAUACCGCACAUAUAUAAAUAUAUAAAUAUAUAUUCCGUAUAUUUAAACAUGUAAUACAUUAUAUACAGUAUCUAUGAUUAGAUGACAGAAAAUAAAUAUUAUUCCUCUUUUAAACCAUGACGUCUUGGUGUUUCUGCUGAACAUUAUGUCUGUUGUUUAUUGUUUUUGUUUAUUUAUCCAUGAAGGACGGUGUGUAACGGUCAGUGAAUUGUGCCAGCGUUAGCCACCUGCAAUACCAUAACUAAUGUCCAUCUGUAGUCCCUGAAACUUCGGUCUGGGUUCACCAAGACUUUCUUAAGAAAAAAGCUUGCAAAGGUUCUCGAGACGAACACCAAGACGUUCAUAAGAAUGUUCCUGAAGGCAGUUCUCAAGAAAACGUUCUCGAAGCAGUUCUUAAAUGUUCUCAGAUUUUCUUCAGAAAAUCUUCAUGUUUUCUUAAGUAGGCUACAUUGCUUUUUACAACUUACAAUAAACAACACCAGAACUUUUCUGAAUUUGUGUAACACUUACUCUUAUUAGAAUUACUCUAAAGAAAAUAGUGAAGAAAAAAGGAGAGAAUUUGUAGGAAGUUAUUUGAAGAACAAGCAUGAAAGUUAAGAAAAAAACAAACAGUCUAACAAAGUAUCAGAGAAACAGUUGGACUACAGUCUGUAACUGUAGAACUACAGAGUGCACCCACAGAGUAAGUGGAGCUGAUAAAAUGGACAAUGAGGGUAGAAGCAAGGAGGUGGUCUUAAUGCCUGAUCAUUGUGCAUCCAGGUGAGUAAACAAAGCAAUCCUUGAUCAUGAAUAUAACCCAGAAAAAGAAAUGGUUGGCAGAAAAAUCAAAUGUACCCAUUUUCUCCCCCUUUUCCAAAUGUGGUCGACUCAUCGAGGCAUGUCUGGUGCCUGGUGUUUGUUUAUUUAGUGUAAACCAUUCCAUUGAAAGUCGUGUACGCUGUCUUAACUGACAGUACGCCAUUGCAUAUAAUAAGACACCUGACUCCUCGUGUUUCACAGGACUGGAUGUUGAUCGGUUGAUUAUUCUUUUAUGUGCCACGCAUUGGUGUUCAUUGUAUCUGUUGUAUCAAAAUGUAUCAACUGUGUUUUAGCACAAACAUACAAUAAACAUACAAUAUCAUU